AUGGACUCAGCCUUGUUCUACCAGCACUUAGCAGGACUCACCCAAGAGUAUGAGAGGCUGGUGCAGGAGAAGGCAGACUUGACCAAACUCUUCAGCGAUGCCUCCUCUGCUGUGCUGCUGGACGAAGGAGUCCUGCAUCGAGAGGAAGCUGCAUCCAUCAUUUCGAACAAGGAGGAGUUGGAGAUCCUUCCUCCCGAGCCACAAAAGCAGGUUUCAGUUUCUACUGCGAAAGCUGUGUAUGAUCUGGACGAGGAUGUCAAUCAGUUGAUCAACAUGGCUUACGAGAUUGAGGUCAGCAUUUGGAAAGCUACAGGACUACGUGAGGCUGACAUUGUGCCAGGUAUGACUUCGGAUCCCUACUGCAUUUGCUCAGUGCAUGGCAAAGGGAAAUCAACCUUCACGACGCCGACCGUCGCCAACGACCUGAGUCCUGUGUGGAAUGUCAGCGCCCGAAUAUCAGACUUUCAUUACGGCGACUCAUUGCGCUUCGCUGUGAUGGACAAGGACUUCGGAAAGACGGACGAUGCGCUGGGUGAGGUAUCACUGCCUUCUGAGAAGAUCAUCCCUCAUGGCUUUGAUGAGUGGCUUGUGCUUGCGGGAGCAGGAGCAAAAGGUGUCGUCUCCUCAGAAGCUGAUAUCUCCAGCAUCAAGGUCUCCGUUAGAGUGAUACAAAAGUUUCCUCAGGAGCAGGCGAAGUAUGUGGAGCCUCUCGUACAGCCUGCCAAGAGCGCCUCCAAGGAGGCAUCUCGCAGUCCUGGUCGAACCGAUGAAGAAACAGCAGCCUUGAAAAGCGCCGAGACGGGUGAGGAGUCCAAGGAGCUGGCUCCACCCCAGCUGACACGCUUUGAGCGCUGGCAAGCCUUCUUCAUCUCUGAGAAGUUUGAGCUCUUCCUCGCAGGUAUUCUCUGCCUAAAUAUCUUGAGCAUGGCUGCAGAACUCCAAUAUGAUGGUUGGGAGAUUGGCUACUUAUUAGAUUAUGGAUUCUAUCAGAGCUCUCUCCAAGACCGAUUUGCGUGGGGCAAUGAUGUCCUCCUCUGGGUGGAUAUCGGUUUCUCGGUAAUUUUCACGAUAGAUGUUACCUUGCGAAUUACGAUCCUCCAGGGGCUCUUCUGGAGAGGUGGUGAUAUUGUCCUGGGUUUUCUAUGUGCUAGCGGAGAACUUUCCAAUAAAGCCAAUGAUCUUGCGGCUGAUCCGCUUCGGGAAGCUGGUACGCGCCCUCAAGGUGGUCAGGCUUUCGCAGUCGCUGGAGUCGCUGGCAUUUCUCAUGUCCUGCUUGAAAGCCAGUGGGACAGUUCUUGUUUGGACCAUGUCCUUACUUGCCUGCAUCCAAUGUAUCGCUGCGCUUUUUGUCAGCAACAUGCUCCACUUCUUCUUGGUAGAUGCAGAAUGGGACGUGGAGGUCAGGAGAGCUGUCUUUAG